UGCUCCCUUUAGGACCGAGCGUCGUACUUAACUCUUACAAACUGCGGGAUAGCAGUCGACUUGAUUUUGAACAAAGUUCCUGUCUCUGUUUAAGCCCAUAAAUUGUCGAAACAGACUGAGUGGGGCUGGAGUUAGAGCAUCCAUACAGUUUUUCCUUUCUUUAAACGAAUGAAAGGAUCCUGAGGACGCUCGUUUGACCUGCGGCCGGGAGCGACACCUGCCUCAGCAAAAACCCGUUUAUCUCCACUGAAAGGCUUGGAGUGGCCAGGACAAUUUUAAUAUAACUCUGAUUGGAUUCGUCUGAAAAACGAAAGUUAUAUACAUACAGGAUGCUUUGAAGUGCUACUCUCACCCUCCACAUUUGGACCACCCUUUCGGGGUAAGUGUGUUUUUGUGAGUAGUGAAGAGGAGCAUUUACAGCCAUGUGCUACAGUGGGCAGCCUCUGUGUUCAGGAAACAGGCGUUCACCCACCAAUAGAGAAGCCACCAGCUCAGGCUCCCAGUAUGCUCUCUGUGCGCUGGGGGUGGGCCUGGUGGCACUCGGUGUUGUCAUGAUCGUGUGGAGCAUAGUUCCUUCUGAAACGCAGUUGAACAACGCUACAACCACCAAUGAUGGAAGUGACAUCAUUGACGGAGGGAAGACAUCAUCUGUUGCGUUUGUGCUGGUCGGAUCUGGUGUUGCCAUGUUGCUCCUUGCUGUAUGUCUCGGUGUGAGGAACAGGAAGCGAAGGAGACAACAGCAAACUACUGGUGUAGGCGGCGCUGAUUAUGUGGAUCGUGUCCGUAGAGAUCAGGAUGAGGAGUCAACUGAUGAACCAGUGCCCAACUAUGAUGUUCCCACCUAUGAGGAGGCAGUCACCAGCGGACAGUACCCUGUUCGGCAGAGCAACUUACGACAGAGCUACCAGCUGCCCUCGUACGAGGAUCUCAUUGGUGCCGUUGAAAAUGAAGGCCAGCAGCCUAGAGAUGGUCCUGGCCAAGAGGCCAGUCAGCCGGCCCCCGGCCCCGGACCUCAGCCUGCAGCACCCGCCCGCAGCAGCAGCAGAGCCAGUCGCAUCCUCAGACCUCUCAGAGUGCGCAGGAUUAAGUCAGAGAAGCUCCACAUGAAGGAUAUUCGUUUGAAUAUCCAAAAUCCUGGACAUAGUGGGGUGGUGACCAUCGAACCACUGACCCCACCACCACAGUAUGAGGACAAGCCCCCUCAGCUACCCGCUGAAGCAGUCUAAUGAGUUUGUUGAGCGUUUGCAUCUAUGGGUUGUUUGAAAAAUGUUGACUUAUCUGUGCAGAAGCGGAAAGUUUUAGUGGAAGCUAUAAAGGUGUCUCAAAAUAUGCCAAAUAAUGAAAUAGGAUACGUUCAUGUGUGCUGUCAGUUCUUGGACAAAACACUAAAGCCUACUUGAAUGUUUUUUAACAAACUUUUUUUAUAUUUGAAGAAUGGAUUACAGUAGUGUAUUGUUUUUUUCAUUUAAAACUGUUAAAGAAUAUGAAUGCCGCUGCGCCUGAGGGAAUUACUUCAGUUUACUUCCAAAGAACUACUUUGUACACUGCAAAAAAUAAAAACAAAACCGUUUUUAUUAGAGAUUAACAUAGAGCUGAAUAAUCCUGUCACACUUUUGUUGCCAGUUGCUAAUUACUGUUUUUGAAAAUAAGAUUGU